GCAGCUAACUAUCUUGCUGUGCGGCGAUGCUAGCUCGGCUAGCAGCCCGCUCGGUUCGGCCUCGGUGGCAUGGAUAUAGAGGCUGCUUUUCACACAGUAGGGGAGUUUGGACCGUACCAGAAGCGGGCUGUGACCGUGCUCGUCCUGGCGCAGGUGUAUAUGGCCUGUCAGUCCAUGCUGAUUGUUCUGGUCGGAUACACACCAGAGUAUCGGAUCGAGCAGCAGGGCGACGGUCCAUCCAGCCACCGGGAGCUCCAGCAGCACGUCACCUUCACAGAGGAUGUGGACUCCAUCGUCACCGAGUGGGUUCUCAUCAAACAGCAGGCCUAUAAGGUCAGCCUGGCUGGAUCGCUCUUCUUCACCGGGCUCCUGGUUGGGAAUGUCGUCUUUGGGCCCCUCUCGGAUAAGAUUGGAAGGAGACCCGUCUACCUGACAGGUCUGUUUUUCGAGGUGAUCUUUGGUUACGUCACCGCCGUGGCGCCCAGCUACGAGGUGUUCGCCGCGUCUCGCCUGCUGGUCGGUCUGAUGAACGGCGGCAUCGGCCUCGUCUGCUUCGUCCUCACGCAGGAGUACGUGGGCAAGUCCUACUGGGCCAUGACCGGGACGCUAACCAGCAUGAUCUUCGCCGUCGGCAUCGCUCUGUUUGGAGCUCUGGGUUACUUCAUCCGGCCGUGGAGGACUCUGGCUACGGUGGCCAACUCCUCAGGUGUCCUCUGCUUCCUGCUGUCUGUAACUCUUCCAGAAUCUCCUCGCUGGCUGUAUUCUCAGGGGCAGACAGAGCAAGCAGAAGAGGUUCUGCGCUUCAUGGCGGUGAAGAACGGCAACAACGCCACCAACCUGAUUCUGCAGCGCGUCGGUGCCGCCAAACCCGGCAGCCCUGUGAGGAACCGGGGCGGCAUCCUGCAGCUGGCGGUCCAUCCGGUGCUCCGCCUGAGGACGAUGGUGCUCAUGUAUGUGUGGUAUGCCUGCAGCCUGGUGUAUUACGGCCUCACCCUGGGAGCCAGCGACACGUCGGGGAGUCGGUUCGUCAACGUGGCCAUGUACGGCCUCGUGGAGCUGCCUGCAUAUCCUCUCUGCAUUUAUUUUAUCAACAAGACCUGGGCUGGGAGGAGGAAGAGUAUGGCCAGCUUCCUCUGUCUGGCUGGCUCCGCCUGCCUCUGCACCAUGUUGAUCCCUGAGAACACAGGGACUCUGCUGAGCGUCACGUCUCUGGCUCUGGUGGGAAAACUGAUGGUCAGCGCAGCGUUCAACAUCGCCUAUGUCUACACGUCUGAGCUCUACCCCACUGUGAUCAGAAACGCUGGGCUGGGGGUCUGCUCCAUGUCCUGCAGAGUUGGAGGAAUCCUGGCUCCCUUUGUUCCUUCGAUGCGAGCUCUCCACACCUCCAUGCCCUUCACGGUGUUCUGUCUGAGCGGCCUGUCUGCAGGGUGUCUGGGCCUCCUGCUACCGGAAACUCUGAACCGACCUGCAGCCGAAACCCUGGAGGAUCUGAGCAGUCCGAGACACAGCCGGGUGCUGGAGAGCAAGGCUCUUCUGUAUGAAGAAGAACAAUGGAAAUCAAACAAGUGAACCAAGCGGAUGUGUCUUUGUUUCAGCCCUGAGGGAACGGCUGCUUCAGAGCAGUGAAAUGUCCUUUUAUACAGUCAGAGUCUCCAGGUUCCUGCUGAUGUCUGACGCUGGUGGAGCAGAGAGGUUCUGAAAGUGUGGAGAUGCUGCAGGGAUCUGCACGGUUCCUCCUCAGGUCUUUUACUCCUGAGCUUUGUAAUGAUGUUGGUGCCUUUGGCAGGAAUUGAAGCACAAAUUUAGAUCGGACAUGAAACAUUCCUGGACCGAAUCCCUGGAAAAAAAACCAGAAUAAACUAGGUCAUAGUUUGCUGAAACCAGAAUCCAAUGAUCCAGAACCUGGGCAACAUGAUCUGCUGGGAGCAGAGCUUUCAUUUUUGAUCACGGUAAUGUCAGAACCACCUGAACCUGAAGCUGUUUAUGCUUCUGAUCCAUUAGAUAAAAAAAUAAAAUUUGAGUUUCAGUUAAAGAUGAUGAUGUUUCCCGGUCUGAUGGAUCAGCUCCAGCAAGUGUUUUAUUUUCUUUAUGGUUCCAUUUCCAGGAGGUCAAAGCUGACGUUCCCACACAGAACCUGUGAUAAUGACCCGUGAAAGGGUCCACAAUCCUUCAGGCCAACAAAGUCGAAUAAGCUUCAGUUUACCAGGAAGGGAAAAUGUUCCUAUUAUGUUAAAGGAUGCAGAGAUCUCCUUUUAUUGGACCAUAAAGUCAGAGAGGUUCUCCAUAAACGUUUUACCUUAAAAAAGCAACAAAGCUUAAAACCUCCUCAGUGACCCUGAACACACCCAGGUUCUACUGCAGCUACCACACCCAGGUUCUACUGCAGCUACCACACCCAGGUUCUACUGCAGCUACCACUGCCCCGCACAUGACCUCCACGCUUCACUUUCUGUCUGUCUGGUCAGGACGGACCUCACCUGACGAUGGAUUGAUUUAAGAAGAACCAGAGAAAAUGCUAAGUCACUGGUUGCCAUGGUGAUUCCCAGCGCUGGGUUCAUCAGACAGAAACACAGGAGUUUAACCUUCAGAUGGCCACACUCAGAAGCAAAGUCCAGCUUCCUACAAUGGGUUUUAACAUUGAAUGGAAAGUAUACCAGGGCUGUGAUUUUCACUGCUUUCACUAAAACCUGGUUAACGUCCUGAACACCAGAAGAUGUUUUCCUACCAGAGAUCGGUCCAGACUGACUGUUCCAGCUUGUUUUAGAGCAGGAAUCACAACGGGCUGAAGAAGCUUUAAUCAGAACCUCGCUGAGCUUCAGAUGUCUUCAGGUUUGAUACAACCUGUUCCAGCUUCUGGUGGUGCGAACACCAAGCUUUUCCUCCUGAUCUGCUGGACACUUCUCCAGACUCUGGAGGUUACAAGAUGAUUAAUCCCUGCUGACCUCAGUCACACGUCCUUCUGAGAAGAACAAAUGCUUUGUGUUUGACAGGUUUAGAGCAUCUCUGAACAUCUCUGCCCUUCUUUACUUCCUGAUAUUCCAUAAAACAGCAUUUUCCCAGCCAGAUGCUGGACCUCUGGAACAUCAGGAGUCCAUCAGUAGAACAUCAGGAGUCCAUCAGUAGAACAUCAGGAGUCCAUCAGUAGAACAUCAGGAGUCCAUCAGUAGAACAUCAGGAGUCCAUCAGUAGAACAUCAGGAGUCCAUCAGUAGAACAUCAGGAGUCCAUCAGUAGAACAUCAGGAGUCCAUCAGUAGAACAUCAGGAGUCCAUCAGUAGAACAUCAGGAGUCCAUCAGUAGAACAUCAGGAGUCCAUCAGUAGAACAUCAGGAGUCCAUCAGUAGAACAUCAGGAGUCCAUCAGUAGAACAUCAGGAGUCCAUCAGUAGAACAUCAGGAGUCCAUCAGUAGAACAUCAGGAGUCCAUCAGUAGAACAUCAGGAGUCCAUCAGUAGAACAUCAGGAGUCCAUCAGUAGAACAUCAGGAGUCCAUCAGUAGAACAUCAGGAGUCCAUCAGUAGAACAUCAUUUUUCUAAUUAAAUCCUCCAAAAAGAACAAAACCCAGAAUCUGGAUCGCAGACCGAUUCAUGGGCCACAUGUUACAGCAGGAUGAUGUUUAUUGGACAUCAUCUGUAACUCUCCUCCUGGGUUCCUCUCUGGACUUCACAUCCUGCCAGUUUCCAGACCCAGCCAGCAGGUCCGAGAAGAAACAGCUGAAUUAGUUGACGUUGUGUUGAAGGGAAUCAGGAAAUCACAGCGACUGAAAGUUUCAUUAUGGAGAAAAUAAAACCUGUUGAAUGUCUGUUGGCGGUAAAACAGCAACACUGAUUCAGAUGAAUGUUGAUGUUUUAGUGCUGAUUAAAGGUUCUGAUCCAUAGAACUGAUCCAAGCUUCUGGAUGAAAAACAUUGAAACAUUCCUGAGGAUUUUCUGGAUCUAAUGAUGCCUUUUCCCCUCUGUGUUUUCUGUUCAGUUGUUUUGUAAAUGGAUUAUUAUAUUUGACGGUAAACAAAUGUCGCUGUAUCUACAGGAAUUAUUGGUUCAGUAAAAAUGUUUUCUCGUGUUGA